GGGCGCCGGGGUCCCUCCCGCGGCGGGGCCCCUCCCGCGGCGGGGCCGGGGCCGCCUCAGUCCCGAGCGCGGGCGAGGGCCGGAGCUGCGCGCCCAGCGGCCACCCUCCGGGGCGCCCCGCUCGCGUCCCGGCGACAUGCUGCUGGCUGGCCGGCGGCUGCUGCCCGCCCUGUCCCGGGCGCCCGCCGCCGCCGCCGCCGCCGUCCAGAUACUAUGUGUAAGGCCAACUAGAAAUAGGAGAUACCAUCAUCAAUCACGCUUUUACAGCAUACUGGUGCCAUCUGAUGAGGUAAUCAUUAAUUACAGAUAUGGUCUUCCUUUGAUAACCCUUACUUUGCCAUCGAGACAGGAGCGCUGUCGUUUCACAAUCAAACCAAUGUUAACCACGGUUGGUUCAUUCCUCCAGGAUAUCCGGAAUGAGGACAGAGGUAUAAAAACUGCAGCUGUCUUCACCCCAGAUGGGAACAGUAUUCCAGUUUCAACUCCUAUGGAGAGUUUGCUUAUGAAUGACUUUAAACUGAUGAUAAAUGAUAUAACAUAUGAUGUUCAGUGUCCUAAUAAAGAAAAACUGAAUAGUGAGCACAUGACUGACUUGGAUGAUAUUAAGUCCUUGGUACAGAGACUCUUUACUGCCCUGCAUGUGGAGGAGCAUCAGGUCAAGAAAGAACGCAGUUUACUAGAGAAAAUUGAAGAGCUGAAGGAACAGCUGCAGCCCAUGGAGGAGCUGAAAACUAAAAUUGCAGUUGGCUCAGAGGCCAAAACCAACAGACUUUUGUGGAUAGGACUGGCCCUGAUGUCCACUCAGGGUGGAAUCCUGGCCUGGCUCACAUGGUGGGUGUACUCCUGGGAUAUCAUGGAACCCGUGACUUACUUCAUCACUUUUGGCAGCUCCAUGACCUUCUUUGCUUAUUUUCUCCUCACUCGACAGGAUUAUUCUUACGUGCUCAUUAAGGAAAGACAAUUUCUCUACUUCUUCCAUAAAAGACUGAAGAAGAUGGAUUUUGAUGUGGAACAAUAUAACAAGUUAAAAGAAGAUCUUAAAGAGGCUGAAGAGUCUCUGCAGCGUCUGCGCCAACCUCUCCACUUGCAGUUACCAAUCGAGGAAAUUAAACAGAAGAAUUAAUACCUGCUUUUAUUAUUUGAUGAAUGAUUAUUUAGUUUGUUUUGUGAACUAGAUGCUUUAUAACUUUCUGUUAUUAAAGAUUUGAAUUUUUUUCAAAAAGGAAGAAAUAAAUUUUUUUAAUUAA